AAUUCCCAUGGGAAUUGAAUGAAAAUAUUACUUUAGUUUAGUAUAGUCAGGGAUCUCUAGUGAAAACUCUGUGAAAUGGUUUCGCUUGGCCUAUGUUCAGUGUUAUUUAGUGUCUUAGUGUUUUAUACAGGCCAAGUACGAUCUGAUUUAUCAGCCGAAGAAGUACCUAGAAAUCAAAGUGCAGCUCAACUUCUUCCAACUUCCUGUCGCAAUGGGUUAAAUGGAAGUGCGGCUGGUCCGGAAAUCCGUCUUCCAUUUGUGGAUAUGAUAAUGAGCCAUGAGCUUCCACUCUUUGUGCUCCGUGAAGCGGAAGAGGAUUUACUACUGCUGCUCCAUGGACCCGAGAUUUUCCAAUUGCACGUGGCCACCGGAGAGCGACGCUUGGUGCCGCUGGGAAAGUUAGCGGGUCAGGUUAGGGUUCGUAAAUCUCUCGGAGCAGAAAUCGUGGCCUGGCGACAGUUCCUACUCCUGUCCAUCGUCCUGGAGGAUUCCCUGGAGGUCUACCAACUGCCCAAGGACUUGCUACUCUCCGAAGAUCCCGCCAAGCAACUGAGCUUCGAGCCCCUGCAGGAGUUCUCGCUGCCAGGAGGAUUCCUUCAGCUCCACCUUCUGAAGCCCAGUGCCGAACAGGUUCUCCUGCUGGUGGCCUCCAACCAUACCAGGUCACACAGCAAGUGCAGAACAUUCGAGUGGCUGGACACGUACUUUAAUCCCCUCGAGGAGAUCACUCUACCCGCCAUACGUGUUCUCCAAGUGGUUGGUCGUCAGCCCCUGUAUAUAAUUUUUGGGCGUUCUUUAAGGGGCUCUCAAUCAAAGAUGGUUCUCACAGUCUACGAGUUGGAAAAGAACACACGAACCCUGCAACAUCGUCAGGCCUUAACUGUCCGGGCCCAAAAUGUCCAGACAGCUAGAUUUCGUGGCCGAAACUGCCUUAUCGCCUGUAGUUCCUCUACAUCCGCUUCCUGCAUUUUCUUCCGCAUGGUGGAUGGACAAUUUGUGGUCUAUCGAAAGCAUGCUCGAAGGGAUUUGAGUUUCCAACGGUUAAGUGCCACCAAAAAAGGUCAGCUCCUGAUCGGAGCCCGUUCCAAUGGCGAGGUGAUCGUUUUCAGCUCAACCCGCCUGGAUUGCUACAGUGGAUAUCAGGUCGUUGGAGAAUCGGAGCCAAGUGGUCUACUUACCCAUACAAAUGCUCGCAAUGAGAGCUUCCUGUUGCUGGCCUAUCGAAGACCCUCGAGCGAUCUGAUCCGAACAGUGCAGCUGGGUGAAGUGGAGGAAAUCUCAAACCAAGUGGGUGCCGCUCCAGAAGAAGAUCUCACUGUGGUCCAAUUGCAUCGCCAUGAGUUCGAGGAGUCCGUCAAUGCCUUACGUGGUCUGCUUUUGCGCCGUCGUUCCUCUCUAGAAAGCCUGAAACACCUGGUCAACUCCUUAAAGCCGCAGUCUGGCAUUCAGCUGGAGAAACCACUGCAUCUUCUGGAAAAAGGACACAUUGAGCGGCUCCAGUUGGAGGACGAUCAGCUGCGCACUCCCACACAAUUAAAGCGGCGUCUGGAGGAACUUCGUCAGCGAUUUGAGGAAUCACGAACCAGGAGAACCACUCGCUCCUUUGGGACGGGAAAUGAAAAUGAUGAGCUGGAUAAACUCAAGGUACGACGAUUGCGAGUGGGCAACCUCAUCUACCAGGGACAGUUGAUGCCAGGUCACAACCUGGAUACUUCAGUACCACCUUUGCUGACCAUCAGGAACGUUCCUGUGCAGACCAAAGCACUAAAAACGAAGCAACUGUUGACCCCUCAAGACAUCCACAACUCCAGUGCUCCCCAGAUUCCUCCAGAGAAACCUACACGUAGUGAAUAUGUAGUGCGUCAUCUCAAAGUGAAGCAAGUCAAUGGAGUGUCCUGGGAUGACUUUUUGGACUCCCUCUUUCUGCGCAGCCGUGACACUCGGUUAGAAGGAAAACUUGUGAUGCAAUCGAAAACUCGGGUGGUCAAUCUUCGGACUACUCUGCUCAAUGGACUUGUGGUGGAUCGUCUCUUCAACUUGCGACGUGCUCAGGUGAUCAGUUCCAAUAUCUAUAUGUCUGCCUUUUUCGCUCCGCGUUUGGAGGCUCGAUUGGUGAAUGACCUAGACUUUGCCCACGAUGUCCUUUUUCGCGGUGCCAAUGAUUCCUGGGUAAAAACUCCUGUUCGCAUCUAUCAGAUGAGUGUUUCGGGUGACAUUCAGGUGGCCAAUAAGAGCACAUGGCAGAAACAGCCCAGACAACUCCAAGAACCGGGAGGGCAACGUCUUCAACAGUACUACACGGGCAGGGUUACGAUCAGUGGUUCCCUGACGGUCAGAAAUGUGCAGAGGGAUACCGGAAACUCACUUGUAGUACUGGGAAAGCAAUCUCUGGCCAGGAAUAAUCUCCAUUCCACUUACCUUUUGAAUCAGACGCAACAGUUCCUUUCAAACUUGACCUUCGGAGAAGCUAAAGUCAAUACACCUUCACUCACCACCACCUAUAUUCAAGGGCAUCCUUUGAGAGAUCAUCUUCUCAGCGGAGGACAGCAAAACAAUCACAACUAUCCAAACCACACUCUUCACAUCAUCUUCCUGAAUGCCAGCGUACAGGGAGAUAUCAUUUGUAAGGAUUACAGUUCCCGUUUGGCGGCGAUUGCAAGGGAUGCAGUGCGUCAUGGGCAGGAGACAAAUAUUACGGGUCACAAAAGUUUCCAAGCACCUCUAACUGUUCAAAGCCUUCAAACCAAUCAAAUAAAUGGGCUACCAGUAACCGAGCUAGUGCUAAAGUCAAAUAUCACCCAGAACUUUAAAGGAACAAAGAGCUUUGACCGCUUGGUAGUGACGAAUGACCUUAGGGUUCAGGAUCACUUGAAUGUGAGUCGCCUUAAUGGAUUGCCACUGCAGCAGCUUCUUGGCCAUGAUCUUAGCCUGCAGCGUCUUGAGCUCACGGAAACCCCACAUCUGGAGAAUCUGAACUUCCGACGCCUAAAUGGAUUGCCCUUCGAUGAACUACUGUCCAAGAUUUCGGAGGGAAAUGAACAACCCCUUCUUCUCCACAAGCAACUUCUUAUCGAGGGAAAUGUACGAUUCGAAAAGGAUCUACAACUGCAAAACAUUAAUGAAAUCCAAUGGGAGGAUUACCUAAGUCGCCUGAUUAGACCCGAUGCCAAUGCGGAGUUACGGGGAAAAAAAACCUUUACGGCGGACGUCCAACUGAACGAUGCUCUUCAUACACCUCACAUAAAUAAUGUGGAUCUCAGUUCCCUGCUGGAUAACACCUUGCUACGAAUGACACCCCAGCAGAUUAGUGGGCUCUACACAUUUGACAGAAUGAUGGCCACCAAUGUGGAUGUGACUCGAAUAAAUGGGGUACCGAAAGAAGAAUUCAUAGACACACGCAAAGAUUUGGAAAUCAAAGGAGAUCUGUACCUGAAGCAACUCAACAUCAGUGGGAGUCUAAAGUGUCCCCUUGCCAAUAAACCAGAUCUAAGUAAUCUUGUGAAAAGAUUGGAGCGAGUGCAGCAACUUCCAUGGAGGAAUUUGAUAGUCACCGGCGAUGCUCUAUGGGAUGGUGAAGACCCCUCCCAAUCAACUCUGAAUUAUCUGCGCCAGCAUGUUGUGAGAAAAGUGGGAAACCAGAGCAUUACAGGACAUGUCCUCCUGAAGGCACCCUACUUGAAGAACCUACAAAGCAAGCAGUCUCUGCCCAUCGAACUCAACUUCACCUAUUUGGCCGAAGAUGCCCUACUCCGCCGGAGUCUCACUAACGAAAGCCAGGUGAUCGUAGCUCCCCAAGAGCUACUUGGAUUAGUUAAAGCUAAAACUAUUCAUCUGGAAAAGGAUGCACACUUUGGACUGGUGAACGGAAUCGAUAUAGAACGACUCAAUGCCUCACUGUACCGCCUGUCCAGUGGAGAUGCCAUUGCAGCGGAUCUUCACUUCCUCCAGGCUCCCAAGAUUGGUAAACUUCAGCUGGAGAGUCCAGAAGUGAAUGGUUAUCCAAUUGAGAGUAUUUACCAGCAGGGCAAAGGGCAAUCCUGGCCAUUGGUGAAGUUCAAGCAACUGGUUGUCGAACAGGAUCUCAAUCUGGGAAGCGUGAACGAAAUGAGUCUGGAAUACUUCCUACAGCAUCGCAUUCCUUUGAGAGGAGCUGCCUUGGAGGUAUUCGGAUCUCUGAGCUUUGAAAACCUUCAGUUGGGAGGUGAACCACUACUUCGCUCCAUUAAUAAUAUUCAACUGGAUAAUCUGGUGCUCCGACAUAGCAAUCAAGCGCAAAGCAUCACGGGUGCCAAGACCUUCCAUGGAGGUGUGGAGUUCACAGGACCCGGUCAUGUGAUGAAUCUAAACGGCCGUGAGCUAAGCGAGAGUUAUAGGGGCAGCAUCUUCCGGAACAGCGACUACAACAUCGAUAGUCUGGUCCUGGACAAAGCACUUUUCCCCGGAGGUCUUGUCUUGGCAGGAAGUCAGAGUCCCAGUCAAAUGCGAACGAUGGAAAACCAAAGCAAUCCCCUAGAGCAACUGCAGGAACUUCUUAAGCAGAGUAAUCAAAGCUCUCACAAAAGACUGCUCUAUCUGGACCAUGACCCCGAAGUUCUGGAAUCUACUUGGGUGAAACCGCCCUUGAAGGGAUCCCCAGAACUGCGGUUUAGCCUGCCCUUGGGUGAUUCGGCUCCCUGUCAGCGUAGGAGCUUACGGGCUCAGCUCCUGAUCCCCGAAGGCCGUGUGCUCCUGGCCAACGUGAGUGUGUCCAACCAAUUGAUACGGCUAAACUCUGGGGAUGUGCGGGUUAAGGUUCAGAACCACUGUCAUCGUCCAGCCAGAAGAUUGCGCAGCAGGAUCAGCAUUAGUUGCCGGAAUGAAUCACAUACGCUGGGAAUGCGUCAACCAGUGGAGGCCAUGGAACUAAUAGAUGUCGAGGAGAUGGUACUACUUCUUCUGGGCACCGAAGAGGAGGUUCGUGUCUUGCGGUUGAAGCGGAGUAACUGCAGUCUCACCGACUGGCAAUCUGUGUUGCCGGCAGAUGGUCGCCUAAUGAAGGUGAUUCCAGGGGGGGUUGAGUCCCAGGAGGAUCUACUUCUCACCAGUGGCUUGAGCAAUCAUCGUCCAGUUUUAGCCAUUCAUGCCAGGGAUCCUUCGCAUCACAACUUUAAAUUGCUACAGUUGAUCCAGGGUUCUUACGAUCUGGCUGAGAUGCAAGAGAACCAAUUGCUAGUCAGCUGCCUGGGUUGCAGGCAUAUAGCCAUCUUUAAAAGGAAUGAUAACCAUGGGGAAACCCACUUUGAACCCAUCCAGCAACUGAGUUUCCAUGAGCGCAUUCAUCAACUAACCCCAUUUAAAGUCGGAGAAGAGCAGUAUCUUUUAGUGAUAACGCAACCGGCGGAAGAGCACUUCUACCUUUUUGCAUAUAAUCAAGUAGGCGGUUGGCAGCAACGCACAUUUGGCUAUAAAAAAAAUCAGCACCCAUGGGCAUGGCCUCUGGUAAAAUCUGGUCAAAAACUAAAAUCUGUAGAGACUCCAAUAUUGCUGCUCUGCGGUAAGGAAAGGGAAUGCAGUCUGGUUAAAGCUCUACUUGGCUAAAAUCCGUACCAUAUUGUAAGCUAUGUAUUUUUAUAUUUACUGUAUAUAUCUUUGUUUAUUCUAUGUAUACUAAUGAAUUGUUUAUUUUUGUUAAAU